CCUGUUCAAGCCAGCAAGAUAUUCCAGCAGAGCGGAACUUUCGUCUGUGGGACGAAAAGCUCGCGCAAGUGCUUCGUCUCCGUGUUCAAGGAUCUCCGAGGACGGAGAAUGAGUCGUGGCACGCCAUCACAGACCACAUCCACGUCUUCUCCGCGUUCCUGGUCACCACGAACGAGCACGCUGUUCACAUCACCAGCCUCGUGCGAAAUCCCGACGCAAAUGGCACACACCCUCCUCUGGUGUGCAUCAUUCGAAGCCGCGAGGGGACCAUAACGCGUGAAGCCCGUAUCCGAAAAGUUUGGACCUGGCCUUCUCCGACCUUUACAAAUGCUUUCAUCAUGUGCCCAGCGCCAAACAAAACUUUUCCCGAAGACCAGGACAUACGAGUGGCCGUCGCAGCAGUCGCACAAUAUUCCGGUGCAAGCUCACUGCGGUGGCUCCAGCUCCACCGCCCGCCGAAGAGAUCGCCAAGGAAGUGUUGCGCCGUGUGUGUUAGGCCUGUAUUCGGUGCCAUAAGCCUCUGGAAGUUCGUUGAAUUCAUGGCUCAUUACCGGGUCGUGGGGGCAACAAGUUUCUACUUUUACGACCUGAAUAUGACCUCGGACUUUAAACUUCUUGUCUCCAGGAUGCAGUCCUUGGGAGUCGAUCUGACCGUAGUCUCUUUCAAGCUUAUUAUGGACACUACUGUCCUUAACCAGCACGUCCACGAGAACGGCCAGAUGCCUGCUCUGUACGACUGUAUGUUCCGGUCCAUGUUCAAAGUGGAGUACCACGUGAACGUGGACAUCGACGAGCUAAUGGUUCCGAUGCCCAAUUUCAGCUUACAGGACAUGGUCAUAGAGGCGGAGCGUAUAGGUAAUGGCUCUUUUGGAAGCGUUGUCGUGGCUACCAGGUACUACUGCAUUGAAAACCCUCAAACUAUGCAAUAUGCUAGUGUCGAAUUCUUGCCCCUUCGAACGAGGCUGUUUGCCUAUCAUUCCGGGGAUAUAAAAGAUUGGCGGUUCACAAAGUACAUCGCUCGCUCGAGGACAGUCUGCGAGGCCUAUGUUCACAAGGUCUAUACGCACUGUGCAGGUAGCACUGAGGCAUUUUUAGACAGUUUGGAGCCCUACAUCAGGCACUACAGACGGUGCUGCGGUUUCGAGUCGUCGAGCCUUGCUGACGAGUUCGGCCACUUCUGGAAUGUUACUGGCCUGCAUGCUGAUGCUUCCUUCGCGGAGUUCUCUGCACGUAUUGAAAGUGAUCCUGUUGUGCGGGCGUUAAGUUGUUCAAUACGGACAGAUCGUGUGAAUGACGCUGUUUCCCUCAAUGUGACCAAUUAA